AUUGAAGUAUAAUAUCACUGUUAUAAUGAGUGGCAAAGUAAAAGUCCAAUACUUGGAUUCCUCAACUCAGGAGCAAUUGACGGCUCUAUUCAAAGACUGGAAAUUCGCUUCAUUCGGAGAUAUAGGCUGCAUCAUGCCCACGACGUAUGCGAACGACGCCGACAACAUUUUGAACAUGGCCGUUCGUCCGGACGACGUGUGGGUGCUCAGUUUCCCACGGUCAGGUAAGAACGAAGCCGACACCUUUCUGAACAUGGCCAUCCGUCCGGACGACGUGUGGGUGCUCACUUUCCCACGGUCAGGUAAGAACGAAGCCGACACCUUUCUGAACAUGGCCAUCCGUCCGGACGACGUGUGGGUGCUCACUUUCCCACGGUCAGGUAAGAACGACGUCGACACCAUUCUGAAUAUGGCCGUCCGUCCGGACGACGUGUGGGUGCUCACUUUCCCACGGUCAGGUAAGAACGACGUCGACACCAUUUUGAACAUGGCCGUCCGUCCGGACGACGUGUGGGUGCUCACUUUCCCACGGUCAGGUAAGAACGACGUCGACACCAUUCUGAACAUGGCCUUUCGUCCGGACGACGUGUGGGUGCUCACUUUCCCACGGUCAGGUAAGAACGACGUCGACACCAUUCUGAACAUGACCUUUCGUCCGGACGACGUGUGGGUGCUCACUUUCCCACGGUCAGGUAAGAACGACGUCGACACCAUUCUGAACAUGGCCGUCCGUCCGGACGACGUGUGGGUGCUCACUUUCCCACGGUCAGGAACAACCUGGACCCAGGAACUGGUGUGGCUGGUUAAAAACAACCUCGAUUACGAGAGGGCUCUGAAAUUGCGUUUGGUGGAGAGAUUUCCCUAUCUCGAAGGCACUCAUAUAGUCCGGUCAGACUUAAUAAGUGUCGCACCAGAGCAGCACCAGGCCAUCACCAGGUCCUCCUUCGAGCUGGUCGCAAACGCGCCCUCCCCCCGCUUCAUCAAGUCCCACAUGCCCCUCUCGCUCCUGCCCGCGCACCUGCUGGAAGCUAAGGUGGUGUACGUGGCGCGGGAUCCGAGGGAUGUGGCGGUGUCUUGCUACCAUCUUAGCAAGGUGCUUCUAAAGUACGUUGGGGACUUUAAAACAUAUUGGAAUGUUUUUGCGAAAGAUUUGGUAUUGUAUUCUCCAUAUUUCCCGCAUUUAAAAGAAGCGUGGGCGCAGCGUCACCACAAACACAUGCUGUUCAUCUUCUAUGAAGAUAUGAAUAAGGAUUUAUCUUCAGUUAUUAAGCGAGUAGCAAGUUUCUUCGGCAAAGAAUUCACCAACGAAGAAGUGGCACAACUUUGCCAGCAUUUGGACAUAAAUAACUUCAAGAAGAACAAGGCGGUGAACGCUGAAGCGUUUCUAAAUGCAGUUGGUACUAAAGACGAGUCUUUCAUAAGAAAAGGUAAAUCAGGCACGUGGCGCGAUUACUUCGAUGCAGAGAUGACGGCGCAGGCGCAGAGCUGGCUGAACGAGAAUCUCGCCGACACCGACCUGCGCUUCCCGAGCCACUCGUAA